CUCUUUCGUCUCUCGGGAGCUUCAAUUGCGUCUGAUGGUCAGUAUCGAUCUUUACGUGCUGAACGGUCCAGCUAAACGUCUUGGAGCUCCGUCGUAUUUCUCCCAGUUCUUCGAGGAACAGUUGCGCCAAAAUCCAGAUGCGACGAAUCUCAGAACACUGUACAUCGAUCGCGAUCCGUCGACGUUUCAGGAGAUUGCGAGACAUCUUCAGGGAUACCACAUCCAGCCCAAGGAUGGACCGCAAUUCGUGAAACUAUUCGCAGACGCCCAGUUCUACAACUUACCCCGAUUAAUAUCCCAGCUCUUUGAGUCGGAAAUCUUCAUCCAAAUCGGCGACCGUCACUUCCAAAUCCCUCGCGACAUCUUCUCCGGCCCCGGGGACUCCCCUAAUUUCUUCUCCCUAGGCUUCGCUGUCUUCUUCGCCUCGCCUUCCGAAGUCUUCCCAGGCCUCAAUCGCAAGGGCCUCCUCCGACCCCCCGCCAUCACCCCUCCCUCUGUCCCAAAUCGCUCCGGGGACGUCUUCGCGGAACUCAUCCACCUCCUCCGCGGCUAUCCUUUACACAUCAGAAACGACACGCACCGGGCCGAGCUCCUACGUGACUGUCGCUAUUUCCACCUGCGCGGCCUCGAGCAAAAGCUCAUCCCGCAUCACCUCAGCUAUAACCCCAUUCGUGAGAGAUCAGAGAUCGUCAUCCGGCUAGACGACGUCCGGCAGUCUGGACUGCAGUUUGCAGAUGCAGAUACUGACUCCAGUGCGGUGAUGUACGCACGGCCUUUUGUGGACAACACACCAAACGACUUGAUUGUUGAGAUAGCGGCCGAGACUACCAUCAUCGAUCGAAGUGCCAUGCGCGCGACGUUCUCCGGCCUAACCAAAGCCCGCGUCAACAGCUUAUACCAGAUCCUAGCUGGGAAGAAGAGCCUCCCCGCCCAGACACCUUCAGAACAGGGCUACAAGAUCCGCUUCGACGACGAGACAGAUGUGACUGUUGACGGCGAUCUGCAUACCGACGCAUCACAUACAGAUACAGCUCAGACUGAACUUUCCGGGCCACCACCAGCGAAGCGCAAACGAGUCGAUAGUUCAGAUCAGACUCAGCAGAGAUGGAUCGUGCGGAACGGGCAGUGGCGUAUACGCGUCGAACCGCAGACCAAUGCAGACGGGGUCGAUAUGGUCUUUACCGCGGUCAAGUUGGAUGUAUAUACAGAUCAGAAGAUGCGGAAUCGGUCUAGAGCGUUUCUUUCCUAG